AUGAACACCGCGCGCAAGCUCGCGAUCGUCCAACAAGGGACCAAGAAGCGCGUCAUACUCUAUGCGUUCUUCGGCUGCCGCCUCAUCGUCAUCCCUCUCGUCGCCCUUCGCUUAUGGCGGCUAUCCCCUUCGGCCAGCUCAGAGCAGACCCCCUCCCUAUCAGCCUACGAAUGGACGGACGUCGUCAUCAACGCCAGCCUCGUCGUCUCCUGCAUAUCCUGCGUGAGCCCGAAGGGGUUCCUGCGACCUUUCCACCCCGGCCAGGGUCGCAGCACCGCCGCAUCGUCGACGAUGGGUGGGUCAGCCGCGAGGAAGGAAUAUCAAUAUCCGGGUCCAUACGCCGAGCUGCGAGACCUGAAUUUGAGCGCCAACAUGUCGAAUCGGGGCAAGGACGGGAGCGGGAGCAAGACGGUGGUCACGUCGCGCCGGGUUCCAGAUGACGGGGAAGAUGCGACUGUGUCGCUGGCAACGGCUGCUCAGCCAUAUCCGAGGUCGAAAGGUGGCAUUGCGAGGACACAGGACUGGACUGUUGUGCAUGAAGAGGAUGUACUAUGA